GGAGGACCCGGCAGGCCUGGCGCUCCUUGGGCCCCGCGUGCGCGCCUCGGCCGCUGGAGCUGGACUGCUGAGGCCGCUCGUGGUCCGAGAGCCUUGUCCCGCCGCCCCGGCCUUGCGGAGCUGGGAGCUGGCAGGCGGUGGCGACGGGACCCGGGCUUUAGUUACGGCGGCGUCUGCCGAUUUCGUCCAUUCAGGUGUUCAGGCGCUUCGUGGAGGUUGGCCGGGUGGCCUACGUCUCCUUUGGACCUCAUGCCGGAAAAUUGGUCGCGAUUGUAGAUGUUAUUGAUCAGAACAGGGCUUUGGUUGAUGGACCUUGCACUCAGGUGAGGAGACAGGCCAUGCCUUUCAAGUGCAUGCAGCUCACUGAUUUCAUCCUCAAGUUUCCACACAGUGCCCGCCAGAAGUAUGUCCGGCAAGCCUGGCAGAAGGCAGAUAUCAAUACGAAAUGGGCAGCCACUCGAUGGGCCAAGAAGAUUGAAGCCAGAGAAAGGGUAAUCACUUACAGUCAUUCGGAUUCUGGCUUUUUCUUUUUUUUUCUUUUUUUUUUUUUUUUGAGGUUUCAAGGUAUUGUGAGAGGGAUAAUUUUUAUUUUUAUUUUUCAACAGAAAGCCAAGAUGACAGAUUUUGAUCGUUUUAAAGUUAUGAAGGCAAAGAAAAUGAGGAACAGAAUAAUCAAGAAUGAAGUUAAGAAGCUUCAAAAGGCAGCUCUCCUGAAAGCUUCUCCCAAAAAAGCACCUGCUGCUAAGGGUGCUGCUGCUGCAGCUGCUGCUAAAGUCCCAGCAAAAAAGAUGACCGCCGCAGGCAAGAAGGCUCCAGCCCAGAAGGUUCCUGCCCAGAAAGCCACAGGCCAGAAGGCAGCGCCUGCUCCAAAAGCUCAAAAGGGUCAAAAAGCUCCAGCCCAGAAAGCACCUGCUCCAAAGGCAUCUGGCAAGAAAGCAUAAGAGGCAGUUAUACAAAGUAAUAAAGGUUCUUUUCGUCAUGUUGGCAAA